AUGGAAGGCUUUUAUGCCCAUCAACGAAUUAUUUGUUUGCUUGAUGUAGAUUGUUUUUACGUUCAAGUGGCUCGAAAACUGAAUCCAGAGCUAGCUGAUGAACCUGUGGUUGUAUGUCAGUAUGGACAACGAGAUUUGUGAGCUUGUUUUACAUUUCAGGAGCGGAAUUAUAUUAUUCAUGAGGGUGGAUUGGGAAAUUGGUGUUUUUGCUUUUCAUAGCUGAAUUUUUAUAAAGUUUUGAACCUUUUAUAAUAAUAUUUAUAUUCUUUAACAUUUUUGCUUUUAGAAUCUUGUCUUCAAGUUACGAAGCACGCAAACUUGGAGUAAAGAAAGGCGUCAGAUUGGCAGAGGCUCAAAAAAUUUGUCCUAACGUGAAGUUAUCGCGAAUACCUCAAUAUCCAGACAUUGAUUUGGCUAAUUUGGAGUUUCAUUAGUAAGUCAAUAUUGUUCUUUAUAUUCAUUUAAAAUUUAGUGAAGAAAGCGCCAGUAUUUUCGAAGCAAUCGCAGAAUUUUGUGGAGAAGAUGCUAAAAUUGAAAGGGCGUCUGUUGAUGAAUGUUAUAUCGAUCUCACAGCUGUAACACAUCGUGUAGUUGAUACUGAAGGUUUUAAAGAGGUGCUCAAUAGUGAGGUAAAGCUUUCCUGAAUAGAUUUUUGUAAAGAAAGAUUGGUUUAACCAGUUUCUGAACGUUUUUUUAGUGUUCUACUAUAACACAAGUUGAUAUGAAAGUUUUGCCAUUUUCUAAUUUUAAAAUUUUUUCAGGGUGCAUCUGAAGUAUUUAAAAAUACGUUCAUGUAUUCAAAGGAGCCAUUAGCACCAAAUUUGAAGGAUAUGGUUAGCGAACACAGUGAUCUUAACAUGCAUUUACUUGUUGGUACAUAUGUGGCGAUUCAGAUGUGUCAAAGGAUAAAAGAAGUUACCGGAUACACUUGCUCUGCUGGAAUUGGAGUUAAUAAGGUAUUUUUAAUGUUUUGUGUUGUUUUUGUAGUUUUUUGUGAUAUGUGCAUGAAGUUAUAACAGGUUGAAUUCAGAUGGACAUGGAUAAUAUAAUUUUUUGUCUUUUUUGCUGUUUUAUGCUGCUUUUUUGAAGUUCGAGACGUUUAUAAUGUUGUUUUAGAUGCUCGCAAAGAUUGUGUGUGGUAUAAACAAGCCAAAUGCAUACACAGUGUUGCCUGUUCAUAAAAUCGACGAGCUUGUUUGUAAUACCCCAGUUAGUGAAUUCAGAGGUCUUGGAGGCAAUUGGGGUCAGGAAAUCAUGCAAAAACUAAAUGUUACUGUAAGUAAAAUACGAUGGUUGUUUUCAUAUCUUGUUUUAUACGUUCUAGGAACUAUUUUUAGUUGAUAUUAUCAUGAAUAAUAUAAUUUUGAUUUGGUGAGCUCAAAACAAGCUAAAAAUUGAAAAUUUGUGCUAACAUUUUAUCAAAUUUUGUUUCAGAAUUUAGGAGAAAUCCAAUCAUUGCCAGAUGAAGUCAUUGCUGAAGCUUUUCCAUAUGCUUUGAGAAAGAUACGACAACUUUCAUAUGGAUUCGAAGAUGAACCAGUGCAACAUCGACUCAACACUAAACAGUUAUCUCUGUCAAAGCAGAACGUUACUUUGUCCAAACAAGAGUUGUGGGACUUUGCUGAGAAGAUGGCAAAGAUUUUUACUCAUAAAUGCGUUGCUGACAAGAAUAAGGUAGGGUUUAGAUAUGAAUUCUUAGAAAAAUCGUGAUUUAGGUAACAUUUUAUGAAGGUGGUUGAAGGAAUUUGACAAAUUUGAAUCUAAAGCUUUUAUGGUUUAAAUACUGAAGGAAAAUUAAAAAUUUAGGUAACAGUUUUUGUAAAACUUGAAUUUUAGGUAAUAGUUUUGUCAAAAAGUUCAAUUUUAGGUGAUAAGGUAACGUAAAAUGCUAAACAUAAGUUUUUUUUUCAAAAAUAGAUUUGAGGUAACAAUUUUUUCCAAGCAUUGAAAUUUAGGUAACAAUUUUAAAAAAAUGUAUGUUUUAGGUAAUAUUUUUGGUAAAAUACGGUGGUUUUCGGUUGUAUUAAAAUUGUUACAUGUAUUGCAAUUUCAGAACAAAAGGAUUGGCAAAAAGUUGGAAAUGGCAGUUUUACUCGAUUUCAAACGAAAAACUAAAACUCUUCAAAUUCCUGGCGUUUAUGGGCAUGGCGAACCGGUAAAAACGUUUUUGAUGUUGGUCAAAAAGUUUUUCAAUGAGCUUUAUGGCAACGACAAUAUAGAGGAGUGGUGAGGUUUUGAAUUUUCGGUUUUGUAAAGCAAGUUCUUGCCAUUUUUUGUUUUGUAAAGAAAGUUCUUACAAUUUUUUGUUAUGAAUAACUUUCCAGGACAACCCCAAUUAACCACAUCUCAAUGAGCGUCGGCGGGUUCGAGCCAAUCCCAGCCGAUGUAAGCCUAAUUUCCGACUAUUUCAAAGUGGCAGUGGAAGAUAUGGAUGAACGACGAAUACCCAGACCUCCACCUGUCUAUCAACGAAAUGUGGACACGACCAAAGACAAGAAAGUCAUCAAAAAAGGAAAGAAAAAACAAAAAAUGACCGGAAAAACCGCGAAAAUUGGUGAAAAAUUGGAAAAUUUCCUAACCUUAUCACAGUUUUUACCCAAAAAACCCAUGCCCAGAACGGAGAAUGUCAGCGGGAUUGAUGUGGUAGACUUGGAAAGUGAUGAUAGUGUCGAAAUCAUGCAGGAGGAUGGGGUGAAUGAUGGUGAACAUGAGGGAAAAUUAAAGAAAACAUCUGGAGAUGAAGAGAAAAGUAGGUAUUUUGGUGUGGAACAGGGUAAUAGCUAUGGUUAGCAGGGACGUCGUUUGGGGGAGGGGGUAAGGGGGGGGUACCCCCUCUCCCAGAGCCGAUCCGAAAAAAAUUCCACAUGUACCUGUACGCGAAACAACGAAAAAAAAAUUUUUUGGAAAAUCGAUCCACAGGUAGGUAGACGAAAAAAAUUUUUUUGAGCUCCCCCUCCCCCAGAGAAAAUCCGUAGCGACGUCCCUGAUGGUUAGAGUAUUUGAAAUGUCAAGAAAUUUGUAGACCAGUUAAAAAAUGACAAGAACUUUCUUUACAAAACCAAAAAUUGCAAAAAAUUCUUUUAAAGAACGAAAAACUGCAAGAACUUUCUUUAAAAGGUCAAAAAUGACAAACAAUUUUAAACUUUAUUUUUUUGGUGUUUUGUUUAUAAAAAUUAAAAUACGUAUUUUUAGACAGACCACCAUCAACAGGACUGGAAAAAUGGCUUGGUCAAGCCAAGCCCUGUUCUUCUACAGAUGCUUGUGAUGAUGAUAUUGAAGUUCUUGAAAUUGAAUGA